AUGGAGAGUUCAGACUCUAGUGACAUAGUAGAUCCUUAUACAAGUUAUUCGUCAGCCGAUGAAGAUGAAGAAGAACUGGAUGAGAUACAGAGGGAGCAAGAUGAGAAAGAUAUUAAGAGGAAACGAGACUCUUGUUAUGAAAAUUUUCGACUGAGGAAGUCGGUAUUUGUUGAUCUAUCGAAUGACUUAACUGAAAAGUAUGGGCUUAAAAGCACAUGUGGAAUGUCUAUACACGAGAUGUUAGGCAUGUUCUUGAUGACUUGUGCACAUGGAGCUGGAAAUCGAUUGAUACAGGAAAUCUUUCAACAUUCGGGAGAAACAAUUCAUAAACACUUUCAUAGUAUCUUAAAGGCCGUUUGUAAGCUUGCAAGAGAUAUAAUUAGACCACAUCAAAAUUAUAAUGAUGGUGCAGGAGCUCACAAGCCAUGUAAUGGUCGAUAUCUCCCUUUCUUUAGAGAUUGUAUUGGAUCACUUGAUGGCACACAUGUUAAAUCAAGAUUACCGCAAGGUCAAGAGAUAUCAUAUAUUGGCCGUAAAGGUUAUCCGACUCAAAAUAUUCUUGUUGGCGUAGAUUUUAAUAUGUGUUUUACAUUUGCAUGGGUUGGAUGGGAAGGAGCAGCGCACGAUAGUCGUAUAUUUGGUAAAACCCUUCGUAGACCGAAACUUAACUUUCCACGUCCAAUUGGAAAUAAGUAUUAUCUAGUUGAUGCAGGAUAUCCUCACAUGAAGGGAUAUAUGGCUCCAUACAAAGAAGAUAAUGUGAGAUAUCACCUAACACAAUUCCGCCGCGGUGCAACAAGACAAUUGCGAGAACCAAAAGGAUGA